CUAGCUAACCCUGCUUAUCUCUCUCUGCUGUCGUCCAAACGGAAACCCUAACGAGCUUCUCUCUCUCAUCUGCAAUGCGCCUUGUUUCGUGCGAUUAGUCUUGUUGAAUCGCGCAACAGCAAAGAGUUCUGAACCUCGUCGGUGGAUCACGGGUUUGGUGGAUUGCGGUUAAAACCGCAGUAUAAAUGUUCCUAAUAUCGAGACCAUGGCUAGUGUCCCUCAUUCUGCAUUCCUCUUGUGCUUUUGGAUGCAGCACAACCGCCUCGCUUACUACAGCACCCCCACUCUAUGUCCAUGUUGGGCACCCGCUGGCUGGGUUAAUGGUCCUUUUGUGCUAUUUUUUGGGCGCCCUUGCACCCGGGACCGACUCCUUCGCUCCCAGAGCUAGUGCGCCUGUGCCAGUUAGGCGUGGGUGAGUGAGAGUUGGAUACAUUAGUCCACUAAAUAUUACCAGAUCAUUUUUUAUCAGGUGGCUUUUUUUCAAAAUUCCAACCGUUUUUUGAUAUUCUCCUUUUUAGAUGCUCCAUGCCAUUUUGUCAUCAAUUUCACCUCUGUUCUUUCUGAGAAACAAAAGUUUUCAAUUUCUUCUUCGAAAAGGCUUAUGUUCUUUUCUCCAUAGCCAAUCUCUUCUGCCACCACCACCUUCAUCUAACUUCUCAGAAGAAGUCAUCUUAGAAGCAACCAUCUUCAACCUCCACCGCUGUAGAUGGCAUAACCUGGAGCAACUUUUUCCAGCAAUCACCGACAACAUAAUUUGUAGGGUUAUUCUCCAUUGCCACCAAUCCCCUCGACAAGCUUUGUAUUUCUUCCAUUUGUCCGAGAAAAUUAGAAAACAAAGAAAGCUCUCUCCUUUAUCCUUGGACAUUAACUGUGUGCUCAUCCAUGUUCUCAUUGGGGCCAAAAUGUUUGAUGAAAGUCUCAACCUAAUGAAGAAGCUGAUACAUCAAGGUGGUAUUGCUCCAUUGAUUCUUCUGGAUUCUCUAGGACAUGUCUAUAUAAAGACUUGGUGCAAUUUUGCAGCUUAUGAUGCAUUGGUUCGAGCCUGCACUCAGCUCGAGGAUAGCAAAAAUGCUCAUUUGGUUAUCAAAACACUGAGGGGGAAUUCAGAUUGUUGGAGGCAUUUUCAAUUUUUUCUCGAAUGAUUAAGAGAGGCAUUGCACCAAAUGUUGUCACUUUAAACAUGAUUGUUGAUGGAUGCUGCAGGGAAGGAGAUAUUGUUCUUGCUUUUGAGCUUAUUAAGAACUUUUCAGUAAUCUUUGGGAGUUGGAUUGAACCGAACUGCGUCACUUAUAAUAGCCUUAUUAAUGGAUUGUGUAAGGCUGGAGAUGCAGCGGUGGGUGAAAGAGUUUUAAGAGAAGACAUGAGGAAAUGGGGGAUUAAGCCCAAUUUGAGGACUUAUGCUACUUUGGUGGAUGGUUUUUCGAAGCAAUGGAAGAUGGAUGAGGCGCUGAGGCUGUUUAAUGAAAUGCUGGAUAUGGGAUUUUGUCCCAAUUCUACUGUUUAUAAUUCUCUCAUUAAUUGUUUUCUGAAGCAGGGAUAUGUGGAAUAUGCCUGGUGUUUAUUGUCCUCCAUGAUAGAUGCUCGAGCCUUUCCUGACCACAUCACAUACUCAAUCCUUGUUGAAGGUUGUCUGAGAAAUGGGUUUGUGAAGGAAGCUUUUCAAUGCCAUCAAAUGAUGAGAGAUGAAGCUCUAAUUAGAGAUGUUGUCUCCCAUAAUAUUCUCAUUAACUAUCUCUGUAAGCAUGGGAAGAUUAAAGAUGCAAAAAUACUCAUAGCAAAUAUGAUUACUAGUGGCUUUUUUCCUGAUUCCAUAACUUACACCACAUUGAUUGAUGGAUGCUGCAGAGAGUGUGGAGUGGAUGAUGCCCUGCAAAUAUAUGAAGGAAUGGUUAAAUAUGACCAAAAGCCAAAUUUAGUUACUUAUAACACUAUAAUUAAUGGAUUGUGCAGAGAAGACUCUAUUGAUGUAGCCAGGUUUGUUAUGGAGGAGAUGAUAAGAGCUGGUCUGGAUGCUGAUGUUUUUACUUAUAACACCUUGAUCAAUUCGUAUUGCAGAAAGGAAAAUUUUGAUGGGGCAUUUUGUUUGUAUUUUCAAAUGAGGAGGCUUGGAAUUAUGGAAACUGAGUCCACUUACAAUACGCUUAUGAACUUUCUCUGUAAAUCUGGAUUUAUUGAGCUAGCAAAGGAUUUCUUGAUGGAAAUGCUCGACAGAGGUAUUCUUCCUGAUCAGAUAACUUAUACAAUUCUUAUUACUUUGUUCAGUAGGAAUUGUAGUACUAAUGAAGUUGUUGAAUUACAUGAUUUUCUUGUGCUUAGAGGCGUAAUGCCUGAUGAGGAUACCUAUAAUUGUAUAGUCAGUCCCCUUCUUGAAAGGGAAAAAGUGCAUUUGACAGACUUAUAAUAUUCAGACUUCCUGGAGAGAUUUUUUUGUGCUUAAUGUGUUAUCUUCAGUUUCAUAAGCAUAGACUGA